CACGGCAUACUGUCACUUUAACGUUGUGAGGACUACAGCCACGAUGGGAGUUUUGAUAGUCAAUCCAGACAAGUUUUCAGAGCUCUCGUCGCCGGAAACUUAUCUCUAAAGGACGCAAGCAGUCGGUGUGGCGCGCUCACGGCUCGAUCUCGCAUGAUUUACAUGCAGGAUGUCAGUGUUGCUGAAAAGCCGGUAAGAUAGUGCAAAGUGAGUUUGCUUACGAGAGCUGCCUAUUCAGCACCACACAAAGGGAUCUACUGAGUUCAAUGGUCUACUGUCAUCGGGUUUGAAUGUCAUAGAGAAACAACUACUCUUCAACGAAAUGGAUCACUUCGCAGCAGAGUGCCUUGUGUCAAUGUCCAGCCAAGCAAUUGUCCACGGUCCAAAAGGGAAUAGAGAGAUCAAGCCAGAAACUGCGGCUGCACAGAGGAACGGAGAAGAAACCAAGGAGCCUUUGAAAGACAACUCGUCUCUUUUCGUGGUGGCGAGAAUUCUGGCGGAUUUUAAUCAGCAGACCCCCACCAAUUUUGCCGAGCAGGCAAAAAUCAAGGAGGAGAGCACGCCGCCAGCAGCAACCCUAACCAGAGAUGAUGGGAACUCUGCCACACCUACCACCACCAUCACCGGCGACUCUGCUCUUAAACAAAGAAGCAAACGAUUUAGGGGUCGAAUUGAGCAAGAGCCCCCACAGAAAAAGCACAAAUGCCACUAUUCAGGUUGCGAAAAAGUUUAUGGCAAAUCGUCCCAUCUCAAAGCCCACCUAAGGACACAUACAGGAGAGCGCCCCUUUCCCUGCACCUGGCCUGACUGCAGUAAGAAGUUUGCUCGCUCUGAUGAGCUGGCACGGCACUAUCGCACCCACACGGGCGAGAAGAAGUUCGGCUGCCCCCUCUGCGACAAGCGAUUCAUGCGGAGCGACCACCUGAUGAAACACGCACGCCGUCACUCCGACUUCCAGCCGGCCAUGCUGAAGAGGCAGCACGGCGGUGGCAAUGCCACCGUCUCGAGCAGCACGCGCCCCGGAUCCCUCAGCGAUUAUAGUCGAUCUGACGCCUCAAGCCCCACCCUAAGCCCCGCCCUCAGCCCAGCCAAUUCGCCUUAACCUGGCCGCACUUUCUUCCCGUGGUGCCUGGGUUCUCCAGGCUCAUUUUUUUAUUGUUCUUUAUCCAUCAAUUUUUUUUUCCUAAAAAUUUAGCAGCAUAAUAAGCGCCAUGCUAAACCCCGUCGCUUGCUGUGGUGUACUGUACUGUACAUAACUGCUUCUUGUAGUGCAAUUUUCUUGUGCAACCCCUAAAAGAGAAAAAAAAAAACACAAAAAAGAAAAUGCCUUUUCCACAUGGCAAUAUUUACAUGAUGUACCAUAUGUCUGUAUUUUUAUAGCUUCUGGCCACAGCCUCUUUCCAUUAUGGGUUUUUGUUGCUUUCAUAUACAACCGCUCUGUUCAAAUGAACUAAAAAAGUUGAAAGGUUUGACAGGUAAAGAUGUUUCUUUUUAGUUAAAACGGGUGAGGGAGAGGGGCACACAUACACCUCAGGAUUCAGAACAGUUUUUUUUCUCCUUUAAUACUCACAUUGACUGCACAAUACAAGCAUCACUUUACUCCGAAAUUCAACAGAGGUUGAAUUUUGCGCCCUGCUCAGGGAUGGCCUCGUUAGCUUGAAAGAAUGAACAUGAUGAAGAGAAACAUACGUUAAGAAACAGCCUUACACUUGGACAAAAGGAAACUUUGCACUCUUUUUUUUUUUUUUUUUUUUUUUGUUGGUUGGUUGGUUUCACAUCAGGGGAAGCACAUUCUGGGUUUUAACAGUCAUUCAUUCUCUUUAUUAAAAUCUUUUUUUUUGUAAAUCAGUCUUUUAAUGAGAGUGGCAGAAUAUACGAAGGGAGGGCAGUUCUGUCUCGAGACUGGAAAUGACUUUAUUUUCAACAUCGCUAUCUCCUGCUUACCCUGUAGUCACACAGAGCUCUGUUGGCCUGGGUCCAUGUUUCAAAGGGAAUCCUCUCAAUAUAGCACGAAUGUCAUUAUCAGUCCACUUUUACAUGCUUGAGCCGCCCAAUGAGAAGAACAGACAGCACCACUUCUCUCGGUGGACUAAACUAAACUCCCCUUGAAAAUUUGGAGGCUGAAGUUUUAAAGCAGCUGUUUCCUCAAUAAAAACAGCACAUUCAUCAACUUCAGGGUUUUUCACUACAGUACGACACAUUCAAAGGGACUUGUCUGGACGUACGCCUACUUCAGACUCAAAUAAAGACAAAAAGCACAUGACCAGAAUCCACCAAAGACCAAGGUGUGAAUGAGAGAACAGAGAGGUUUUUUUAUUCUACCCAGAGCAACGAGGGAGGGAGGGAUGUUGGCAUUCUCUCAGGUAACAGCAGAAGUCCUGGACCUCUGCCCUCAGCAGAGCUCCAUCUGCAGAGGCCUUCCACUUAGGAAACUGCAUCAUCCUACACAGGGCUAUUCAUAGCACACUAGCCAGGGAGACGAGUGCCAUUACAGCGGAGCUUUACGCACUCUGUCUCGCUCACUCUAUCUGACAAGAAGGAGUGGGCGUAUGAAAGAGAUAGAUGGAGGGCUGAAGUUUAAAAGAAAGAGAUAUCAGAUCUACCCCCCGAGUCAUAACCAGACACCAUGCAACAAAUAGUAAAGUGACAUUAUUGCUUCCAAAUUUGAAGCUUAAUAAAUGGACAGAGAGAUUGCACUGUGAGCAGGGUUACAUCGAAACCAUUUUUUGGUAUUGCCACUUAUCGUUGCACCCGGUGAAGACUAGUGGUUGACUGAUAUGAGACCGAUAUGCAACUAAUGUAAUACCAAUAUUUACAUGAUAAAAUGAUAAAUGAAUGCCAAUUUUAAGACAUUUCAGUUCAAGAAUGAGUCUGAAAUAUUGGUUGUUGGCUGAUACUUGUAAUCUCAUAAUGAGUAAAUAAUGACUUGAGUAAUCGGCCUGGGCUGCAUUUUCCAAAAGCAUUUUGAGGCCAAGUACAUCUUAGAGAUCAUUGGUGCUUAUAAUGCUUCUUGGAAAUGUAGCCCUGAACAAAAUAUCGGUCAGUAAAACACUUAUCUGCCAAUACCGAUAAUCAAAAUGACCAAUUAAUAGGCCUAUGUUCGGCUGUCAGACACUGUUAUCAACUGACAGAGGUAUUCGUGAAAUGACCAGAUAACAGCAGAUUAACCAGCCCUGCUGAUUUAUCAGUCGACCACUAGUUAGGACACGGAUUUCCAACUAAUUGUGAACAAGAUUGUCAGAGUUUGUAUCAUCAGGGUUGUUUCACUUUGUGGUAAAGUGAGCAACAGGCCUCCAUGAGAACAAAGAGCACUAUCUACAGGAGGCAGGAAAGAGGGGGUUGGCCCAUAGCGAGACAGAUAAAGACUGAGGCUUUAUCAGGAGCUGAGCACUCCAGCAGAAGAAACACCCAGUCAGCUCCCUCUCUCUCUCUCUCUCACACGCGGAAAACCUCCCUCCCCUCUGCACUACUCCCCUCUCACCCGCCAACAGCAUCCCACAAUGCAUUGCAGGAGCUUAAAGAAGGAAAAUGUCCUCGUCUGAUUGGAUAGCAUCCAAACAGCCGGCCAGGGGGGUUGUAAUAGAGGAAGUUGAGGCCCAAAUCAUAACGGCUUACACACAAUAGGCAUGAUGCAGUAUCAAAUCAGAGUUGAGCUUGUUGGGAAUUUUUUUAAAAGAGUAUUCUUCCCCCCGUUUGGCACUGUCGACGACUACUCAGACAAGAUCAGUCGCUCUUUCUCUAAAUUACUGUACUUUUUCCACAAGCACAGGGAAACGCUCACACAUCUUUUUUUGUUUUACUGUUGCGGACCACUGACUUGUCAGUGUGACCACUCAUUACCUCAGUGAACAGCUGCUUUCAAACUCGACUCUCGUUAAAAAGGGGGCUUUAGGCAUUACUACUCGAUUUGUACAUAUUCAUACAUAUCAAACGAACAAUGUAUUUACCGUCCUUUGUCGCUUCAGCCUGCGAGGAUGAAGGGUUACCGUGAGAAACUGUCAACCGGGCCUUACUCGCUCAGGCGAAAGGCAUACAAGACCCUCCAGGAACUGAGGCACCGCUAUCAAAACUACCGUAGCACUGCCUCAUCCGCUGCCUCACUUUCCCAUAGCGCAAUGUUCCUGAAGUGACAUUUUAAUAUUCAUUUUCCAAGCUUUCUGUGACAGUUUUUCACUUUAUAUUCAUAAGCUCAUUAUUCAACACCAGCCAUCUUGUCUCGUCUCAUAUUAUCUUGCACGUUUUCCUUGCCCACCCUGCAUGCCCAGUGCGGGGAAACCAGCAUCAGAGUCGCCCAGCUGGACGAGCGCUCCAGGGCUUGAGGAGCAGGUGGGGAGGCCUGUGAAUGCCAGGCCUUGUCCCCCCUUUAUCCUUCCUAACAACCCCCAUCCCCCUCACAGGGGCCUCUCUCAUAGCCCUCAAAAAAACCUCCACAUAAUCACGGCUUUCAGCUAAAGAAAACAGCCCUAAUCAAAAUAAACAGUGCCACGACGGCAUUAUUCCUGCAAUAAACCAACACGUAAAGCUGUCUAGCUGCGAUUGCACCCUCCCCUGGCCCUUCAGAGUCAUUUCAAAUGCGACUUCAACCAUCGCCAAUGACGUCACCAACUUUAGCCGAUUUCUCCUCCAGAAUUUCUCACGUCAGCUUUACUUCCAAAGCAAGCUGGCCAUGUGUGUUCACUGUAUGCAAGAAAUUCAUUUGUAGACGUUUUAUAGUUGCCGUUCAACCGUCUUUGAUUGUAUCUCGCAAAUACUCCCAACUGCUGGUCAGGAGUGGGUAUUUCGGGGGCAGAAUAAGGUCGGUCUGAACCAACAUCUUCUUCAUUAGUACUGCUCAAACCAUGUCCAAUGAACCUCGAAAACCCGAAACCUGCAGGCAACACAAGUCUCUUGCAUUUGGGUACUGGUUAGAUAGAGUAUACACAACUAAAUAUCUAUUUUUUCCUUAUAAUAUUUACUGAAAAUGUAUUUUCUCAAUGCAAAUUCACUCACAGCCCAGGUUAGUGUGAAUUACAUGUAAAAACGCAUACAUGCGUGCUUGUGUUUCUGUAUUUUUCACUGUACCGAUACUACUUGAAUGCGAAGCAAGACCAUUGAACACAGGUGGAAACAUGUCUAGGUCAUAACAAGUCAAACUGUACCUGCUAAGUUUCUCGGCUUAAAACCCAUGGAUGUACUCAUUUUUCUUUUGUUUGUUCAAUAUUUCUGCAUUGUGUUGUAUUUUUUUCUGACCAUUUUCUUUGUGUUCAGAUCUUAGCUGUUGUUGUUGUUGUUAUUAUUAUUAUUAUUAUUAUUAUUAUUAUAAUUAUAAUUAUUGGUAUUUCUUGCAAAGUAUGUUGUUAGUGUUUCAUAAGGCUUUCUUUUCUGUCUGCUGCAACGAUGCUAGUAAAAUUGGACACUGAAAGACACUGAAAGAAAGCUUUUCGUCAGUAGCGGGAUAUAGGUACCACCAAAACAUUGAGGGUAAAAGGUGGUCUUAAGUGAGAAAAAAGGGAAAUAUCCUGACUUCUCAAAAACAUUGCAUGAGACUGAAUGCGAUACACACGAUCAAGUCUGAUUUAUCGCAUUACCAUAGAGACCACAGCAUUGUGAGUAGGUAGUCACAUUCAUGUUUUAUUGUUUUGUUAUUUAACAUAAUUAGAAUUUCAUCUGUGUUAAUUUUUUUUUCUGUCAUGUAUCUUUUCAAACUCAUACCUCUACAAAAAUCGAGAAGGUUAUGAUUUGUUUGUUUUUUUUUGUGGGACGGGGUAGGGGAAUUUGUUGGAUUUCAUAUCUGAAUGAAUUGUAAAUUUAAAUACAAUAUUUUUUAUGAAUUAUCAUGGUCUUACGAGCCACAGAGCGUCAAAGCGAAUCAUCUUUCGUGAAAUUCAUUCUCCCAGUAAACCCACGCACCCGACCCAAACAAUUUGUUUUGUACAAAUCUGUUUGUUCAUAAAAUCCGACGCAGUGAUUUAGAUAGCAUUUUUUCGAAUCCUACAUUCAGCAAACUGCAUGUUAGUUCCAUAACGAGUGCCAAAGGCAUUGGAAAGGUGAUUUGAUUUCAUCAUAUACAGUGAUAGUCAAGAUAAAUAUGACCUUGUACAGUUUUCUAUGAGUGACGUAUGUUUUUAUGUGUAUGUAGCGGGGUGAAUGAUGUAUCAGAGGCGCGAGUAUUUGUAAUUUCCCCAUUUGGCGUGAUCUAGAUGUACUUUUUGUUUCUUUUCGUUAUGUUUUUCUUAAUUUGUCUUUGUUGUACAGAACAAAUGCACAUAUUAGUAAAAGUGAAAGCUCAGAUAUUAACCUGUUCACCAUCCAACGUGAAAGCUCUACCAUUCCAAAGGAUUGCAAUUGCAUUUGCUAUAAAUAUGCUGCUUAUAUCCAACCAAUGCAUCAAAGCUUCUUUUCUUUAUGUAUUUAUUUUGCUCUUAUUACUCUUUUUGACUGUGAUGUAUGUAUUACAUGACUUUUGUUACUAGUUCAAUUUGGUACUUAACUUUUCCUCCCUGUCUUUCCAACAUCCUGUGAACUCUUCUUACCUAAAGAAAAAGCCACGCCACGUUCUGAUACGUUUAACAGAAUAGAGAAAAGACAAGAUGGCUUCCACGCAAGUGUGCAGUUAUCAGCUCAAAUAUUGUCUUCCCAUACAAAAUAGGGUCAGUUUGACUAACUGAUGUUCUCAGUGCUGUUGGAUGAUGACGUUUUUAGUAGGAUGUUAUUGCCAAGGACGCUGUAGUGCCACGACUUUCUCAAUUUUGGCAUUGGAUGACUGCAUUAGAAGAGUUGAGCUCUUGUUUAAUAGAUGUUACCAAAGGCUUCAGGAUCGAAUGAAUGAAUGUUGGAAUUCAGUUGCUUGAUGGUUUCAGAAAAGUACUGAGGGGCUUUGAAAAAUAUAUAUUGCACCCUAAACUCAUUUUUUAGUGGAAACAAUCAAAGGCGGCUGACAGUUUUCAACAUGGAUACGCAGAACUGACAACGACUUGAUUGACCUUCGUUCUCACAUUCAAAAGGCUUUUUUGAUUUAAUAUAGUCCAAUAAAUACAUAUCUACGAAUAUGUACACGUACAAAACAUUGCCUUUAUAGUCCCACCAGUUAAAGUCGGACGUUUCGGUGUGACGAUCACUUACUAGUGAAAAUUACACUGUGUUUUUGCAGUUAAAUGUUUCUCCAAAGAACCUAUGGAUAUGUAAAUGCCAUACAGUGAUUGUCUAUCCAGGUAAACAAAAUCGCUAGACAGCGAGCGCAACUUCAGAAAUGGAUAUUUACGAUGUCAUGCGCUAACAAACAUCAUUUAGUUGAGGUCUGCGUAACGGUAGCCUCUUAUUUGAAAUGGUGGAAGUGGAUUUAAGUCUUAGCCGUGGCUUCGUUUUGACUGUUGUUUAUGUUUUGUCUCUUGCUCGACUCGGGAGACACUAACUGCUUUUGAGGGCUGUGGUCAUUUCUGUUAGUCUGGUCGUCUGCCAAACCGUGCGGUUGGGUUCGAACAAUCUCACAACUGUUAAAAAAUAAAUAAAAAUUGUCUCUGAUCCCCAGGUGUCGUGACCUAGUCCCCCUCAUUUUUUGAGGAGAAUCAUUCAGACGACCCCCUGCCGUUUGCCGAAAUUCAUUUCAAAUGAUUACACCGACAUUUCCCAUAAGAUAAAACCCCGUAAUCUCGCUCUGAAGAUCAGACACUGUGAAAGAGCCACUUGACAGACUGAACGCAUCCUCGUCCGUUGCAGUUUCCAUGCGACUUUUCUCUCCCGACGCCUGUGUAAUCAGUUUCGGGCGGUCGAUGUUCCUGAUAUUAAAGCAAAGUGAUUCCACGUCCCUCCCUUUUCAUACACGCCAGUCAAGCACAUCAUGUGCAAACACUCUCCUAUCGUAGAGAUUUCGCUAAGUGUUGUAUAGCCUAUUGAAUCGUAGUGAGGCUCUAGAGGCCUCAUGCUGUCCUGUAGACGUCCGGCGCGUGAACUCGACUUGCCUUCCUAUUGUACGUAUCCGUCUGUAUUUUAACAAUCUAUUUUAACGACACCGUGUGAUGCCUGCUCCAGUGACUACAUGAUGCUGGGUUUCUAUUUCCCAGCACCUCUGUACUUUGUACAAUAGCUCUUCUCUAGCAAUGGCCAGUUCUGUUCUCCAUAACCUCAUUCAAAACAACUGCCGCAAAAUGAAACUGUUUUUCGUUUUGUUUUGUUUCGAUUUUUAUUUGCAAUCAACCAAAUCACUACAGUGAAGUAUUACAGUUGUACAGUUCCUUGAAUUAUUCAGAUUAUAUUAUUGUUGCUGGUCUAUGGUUGCUCUGCUGUACCUUUUUAUGACCUUUUAUUUUUUACAUGUUAGACAAUAUUGUGACUAUGUCCUAUGCAAAUAUGAGAAUUAACAAGAAUUUGUCAAAUAAUGUAUGUUGUCUUAACUUGUAUGCAUGAAAUAGUGAAGUUUACAUUUGAGAAUAAAUUCAUAAAUAAGAAGCAA